AUGAACAGUAAGCAAAUGAGAAAACAAAUAAAAAGAGAGAGAAAAGAGAGAGAGAAAAAAGAAAGAGAGAAAAAAGAAAGAGAGGAGAAAGAAGUAGAUCAGAGUUGCGAGAUCAAAUGCCCUGUAUCUCAUCCAACUCUCCCUCACACCCUCUUUAUUCGAACCCGAACCCGUGGAUCCAUUCAGGCCGGUUGCUUUGCGUGCGGUGAGCAAAAACAAUUUCUGCGGCCCCGUUUCCAUUACCACUGCACCACAUGCGAUGUGGAUUUUCACGAUGGUUGUCACUUGCGUUCCAAGCAAAUAACACACCCAUAUCACCUCCAACAUCCUCUCACCUUCACUCGGCUAGACGAGAUCCCUCAAAACAACAACGUUGUUCAAACUCGAUCCCGAUCCCGUAUCAACUUUGAUUUAUGCGGUUGGUGUGUAAACAAGCCCGACACAUGGGUUUAUGCUUGUUCUAUUUGCAGCUUUCGCUUGUGUCUACCUUGCUCCGAAAAGACCCCACUUCUUACGAUACACAACCCAAAAAGCCAUCACCAUCCACUUUACUUCCUCCCACGACCACUCUUAGUUCCAUGUGAUGCGUGUGGCUUGGUUAGAGCAUGGGAAACAAGUUACACUUGUUUUCAAUGUAACUACAUGGUCCAUGAGAGUUGCAUGGACUUACCACGCGUCAUUAAGCUCACACGCCAUCAUCAUCGUCUUUUUCUCGCUCCUUACCUCCCACGUGAAGUUUUGUCAUGUCAAGUUUGUUACAAGGCAGUUGAUACCAGAUACGGCCAGUAUUCAUGCCAUCAUGACGACUGCUCUUAUGUACUUCAUUCCAAAUGUGCAACACAUGAUACAGUUUGGGAUGGAAGAGAGCUGGAAUGGGAGGACCCAGAAGACCAAAACGAACCUGAUGAAGAUGUUGCAUCAUUCAAGAAAGUAGGCCAUGAUCUGAUCGAGUACUUCGAUCAUGAGCAUCAUCUAAGGCUCGACAAGUACGACGGUGCUCGAGACGCAACAAAGCAAUGCCAGGCGUGCGUCGUUCCUAUCAAUGUCCAUCCUUUCUACGAUUGCAACCAAUGCAGUUACUCUCUCCAUGAGGUAUGUGCUGGCCUCCCUCGAAAACUGGACCAUGUGUUGCAUAAACAUAGUCUUGUUCUUGACACGAGUCCUCUUGAGGACUACAAUGCCAUGACCUGUUCAGCUUGUACCCGAAACUCCAACGGUUUUAGGUACAAAUGCCUUGACAAAGCUUGCCUUAGAAGAGAGUUUCACAUAGAGAUUCGAUGCACUUUAAUGCCUCAUUUAUUCACCCACAAAAGUCAUCAACAUCUACUCUACAACUUUGUAUCUUAUGGCGGUGAGGCUAUGGAAAGAUGCCCGGCUUGCGAGGAAAAGGUAGGAUAUUUUCGUCUGCAUUGUAUGGAAUGCGAGUUUGUUAUGUGCUACCGAUGUGCCACCAUUCCUACUGAGAUACACUACAAACAUGAUGAGCAUCCUCUCACUCUCUGCUAUGGAGGAGAAGGCGUUGAUGAUGAUGAUGGCAUUUACUGGUGUGAAGUAUGCGAAACAAAAAUAGAUCCGGAGAAAUGGUUCUACACGUGCGACGAAUGCUGCACAACGGUCCAUCGUCUAUGCCUAUUCGGGUCCUCCUAUUAUAUGAAGGUUGGUUCAACAUUUAGUCGCCAUGGUUUUCAAGUGAAAACUAUUCCAAACAAUAGCAGCACUCGACUGAUAUGCGCUAUGUGUGAGGAUCGUUGCACGUAUCCAAAAAGAAGUCACACAAACAGUUACGAAGAUUCAGCUACUUUGCCAACAGAGAAUGUAAGUUUAGUACAUCCAGAAAAGAUAGUUGAUCCCAUUGAGUGUCUUUCACCAAAGACAGCUACCUUGUUACCAGCCUCCACUCCUUCUACUCGUGCCACUGUUCAGGAAAGUAAGCAAGCUGAGCUUUCUCUUGGUUCUAACCAGUUCGCAUCUUUGAUUUCUUUUGAGGAGGAAGAUGUGUCUUUGGUUUCUCCGGAGGAAGAAGAAGUGCCGUUAGAUUUAGACAAAGAGUCUGACUUGACGGACCUUAUGACACCUUUGGGUCAAAGAAUCCUUCGAGAAAGACCAGUGAAGCCGUCAACAAAAGCUAAAGAGAUGAUUUGGCAAGUUGCAGGUGGUGGAAGAUCCUCUCAGCAUUCUUCUCUAUGGCAGAGACGUCAGUUACCACUCUGUGGCCGUGCUAGCGAACCAUAUGUUACUGAAGAUGAGUUGAAACUGAUGCUACGAGGUGCAGAAUUAAGUGGCGCUAUUGAAGAAGAGGAGCAGGAUUUGAUUGAAAAUGUGCUGGAGAUAAAGGAUUCUCGUGUUCGAGAGGUGAUGACUCCUCUUGUGGAUGACUCAUCAGUACUCGAGAGAGACUUAGAGAGAAGAGAGAAGUGCAAAGCCAUGGACUUUCUUGGUUCCACGAAGGAUAACGGUAUGUUAACAGUCUUGUUCUCGUUUUCGGAAUCUAUUUUGCCUCCAGAUUCUAGGUCUUUGCUUCUGGAACCUCUUUUCCUAAGAUGGGUUUCUGGUUUCUUACACGCGGUUUUGUUACUUGUGCUGUUUUGCUCAUGGGUGCAUGACAAAAUAUGGAGAAAUAAUGGUUAUGUUGUUCUUACGGAGAGUUUGAAAUUUAGGAGGGAUUUCGGGUUUAAGUCGGCUCUGUUUUGUAGUCUAGCUCUCUCUAUGCUUAAUCUCGUGUUGAUGUCGUUGAGUGGUUUCCAUUGGUACGAGAGUGGUUGGUCAGAUGAAGAACAGCUAGUUUCUCUCGUCGGGUUUCUAUUGGGAAUGGUUUCUUGGGGGGUUUUGUCGAUUUGCCUGCAUCGCUGCAGUGAUUAUGAGCAUAAAAAGUUCCCCUUUUUUAUAAAGCUUUGGUUGGUUUUGUAUCUCGCGGUUUCUUGCUACUCUCUUUUAGUAGAUAUGGUUAUGUACAAGAGACACGAAACCGUGACUGUUCAUCUUCUGGUGUACGAUAUAGUUUCUUUUAGUGCUGUUUUGUUUCUUGGUUAUGUGGCUUUCUUCAAAAAAGCUAGAGACAACUGCAAUGGAGUUUUGAAAGAACCACUGUUGAAUGGAGAUUCUAGUGUAGAGUUGAAUAAGGCCAAUGGGAGUGAUGAGGCUACUCCCUACUCUAGAUCUGGCAUUCUCGGUCUUCUGACUUUCUCUUGGAUGAGUCCAUUGAUAAACCUUGGAAACAUGAAAGCUCUUGAUCUAGAAGAUGUUCCGCAGCUUCAUGAGAAUGACAGCGUGGUCGGGUUAGCUCGGAAGUUUAGGACUAUGCUCGAGUCAUCAGAUGGUGGUGAGAGAAGUGGUGUGACCACAUUCAAGCUCAUAAAAGCGUUGUUCUUUUCGGCUCAGUGGGAGAUUAUGGUGACUGCAUUCUUAGCUUUCAUCUACACGGUUUCGUCAUAUGUUGGGCCGGCACUCAUUGAUACAUUCGUUCAGUACCUUAAUGGACGUAGACAGUACAACAACGAGGGGUAUGUGCUAGUCAUUACUUUCUUUGUUGCUAAGCUCGUGGAGUGCCUCGCACAGAGACAUUGGUUCUUUAGGUUGCAGAAGGUUGGUAUUAGGAUGAGAUCUUCCUUGGUUGCAAUGAUAUACGAAAAGGGUCUAACCCUUUCAUGCCAGUCAAAGCAAGGACGCACAAGUGGGGAGAUUAUAAAUUUCAUGACUGUGGAUGCCGAGAGGAUUGAUAGUUUUAGUUGGUAUAUGCAUGAUCCAUGGUUAGUUUUGUUACAAGUCGGUCUAGCUCUGUGGAUCUUGUAUAGAAAUCUUGGAUUAGCAUCACUAGCGGCUUUAAUUGCUACCAUUCUAGUUAUGCUGCUGAAUGUUCCUUUUGGGAGAAUGCAAGAGAGGUUUCAGGAGAAGUUAAUGGAAGCUAAGGAUAACCGGAUGAAAUCAUCAUCUGAGAUCUUAAGAAACAUGAGGAUCCUCAAACUCCAGGGAUGGGAAAUGAAGUUUCUGUCAAAGAUUUUCGAUCUUAGGAAAUCUGAAGAGGGGUGGCUAAAAAAGUAUGUGUAUAACUCGGCUAUCAUAAGCUUUGUUUUCUGGGUGGCUCCUACUUUGGUUUCAGUCUCCACUUUUGGUGCUUGUAUACUUCUUGGCAUUCCCCUUGAAUCUGGAAAGAUACUCUCAGCGAUUGCAACCUUCAGGAUUCUACAAGUGCCGAUCUACAAUCUUCCAGACACUAUCUCCAUGCUUGUGCAAACAAAAGUCUCUCUUGAUAGAAUUGCAUCCUAUCUUUGUCUAGACAAUUUACAACCUGAUGUUGUAGAGAGGCUUCCUCAGGGAAGUUCAGACAUAGCUGUGGAGGUGACAAACAGCACUUUAUCAUGGGAUGUUUCAUCUGCUAACCCAACUCUCAAAGACAUCAACUUCAAGGUCUUUCCUGGGAUGAAGGUUGCAGUUUGUGGUACUGUUGGCUCUGGAAAAUCAAGCUUGCUUUCGUCUAUACUAGGAGAAGUACCAAAGAUAUCUGGAAGUCUUAAGGUUUGUGGGACAAAAGCGUACGUUGCACAAUCUCCUUGGAUUCAGAGCGGUAAAAUUGAGGACAACAUCUUGUUUGGUAAGCCUAUGGAAAGGGAAAGAUAUGAAAAGGUUCUUGAAGCAUGUUCUUUGAAGAAAGAUCUGGAGAUACUCUCGUUCGGGGAUCAGACUGUGAUUGGAGAACGCGGCAUCAAUUUGAGUGGUGGACAAAAGCAGAGGAUACAGAUUGCACGAGCUCUCUACCAAGAUGCAGAUAUCUACAUGUUUGAUGAUCCUUUUAGUGCUGUGGAUGCACACACAGGGUCACAUCUCUUUAAGGAAGUUUUGUUGGGGCUUCUCUGUUCCAAAUCUGUUAUAUAUGUAACUCAUCAAGUUGAGUUCUUACCUGCUGCUGAUCUUAUCCUGGUCAUGAAAGAUGGAAGGAUCAGCCAAGCUGGAAAAUACAAUGAUAUCCUCAACUCUGGAACAGAUUUCAUGGAGCUUAUAGGUGCGCAUCAGGAGGCUCUGGCGGUAGUUAGUUCGGUUGAUACCAACUCUGUCUCUGAGAAAUCAGCUUUAGGUGAAGCAAAGGGUGUUGUGAGAGAUGAUGGUAUUGGGAUUGACGGGAAACAAGAAAGUCAAGAUUUGAAGAACGACAAACCAGACUCUGGGGAGCCUCAAAGACAACUUGUGCAAGAGGAAGAGAGGGAGAAAGGUAGCGUCGCUUUGAGUGUAUACUGGAAAUACAUCACACUGGCGUACGGAGGAGCUCUUGUGCCUUUCAUAUUGUUGGCACAAGUUCUGUUUCAGCUUCUACAGAUUGGAAGCAACUACUAG